AUGUCCAACACCAAUACCACCACCAACCAAGCCAUCCUCGCUGCCAAAUCCUGGCUCCAAGACUUCCACUCCCUAGGCGACCAACUCAACCCCGACACCGCCGUCCCCAAAUUCUACACUCCAGACUGUGAGAUGAGAUUUCCAGGCCAUGCUCCAAUUAAGGGUCACGAAGCAAUUAUCAACUUCUUCAAAGAGCAGUCCACGAUCCUGGAGAGCAUGAAGCAUACUAUUGGCCAUGUGGACGUUCUUCCUGAUCGCAUCUAUCAGGAGGCGACCAUCGACUAUGUUUUGAAAGGUGACGAGGAGAAGAAGGUGGUUAGUGUUCAGGGUAUGGCGAUCUUUGGGAAGAGGGCGGAUGAGGAUAAGAUGAGGUUUUUCACGGUCUAUUUGGAUACGAGUCCUUUGGUGGAGAGGGUUAGGGUUGUUACUGGUGCUAGGGAGAAGUGA